AUGCGAACCGCACUGUCAUCAUGCCUGCCCGUGCUCAGAAUCCUUGCUUCAACGUUCAUGGCGUGGAAACUCCUCAGCCUAGCCACCAACACUUCCCAUCCCGCUAUGGUAGUCCUUUCAGGAUCUAUGGAACCCGCUUUCCAGAGAGGUGAUAUCAUCUUCCUCUCGAAUUGGACUCAGCAGGUGGAAGUCGGAGAUAUCCCUGUCCUUUGGUUCGAGGGAAACCCAUUGCCGAUGGUCCAUCGCGCAGUGGAAGUGCAGUACGAUGGGACCGGCCGACAGUUAAUCAUGACCAAGGGCGAUAACAGCAAGCUAAGAGAUGUGGCGCUGUACCCUCCUGGUCAAAUAUAUGUGUACCGAACCCAGGUUGUUGGCAUGGUGCGAGGGUAUGUGCCUUAUUUGGGUUGGGUGACAAUUGCCUUCAGGGAGGUUCCCUGGCUUAGGGAACUGUUGAUUAUUGGCAUUGGUGCUAUAGGGAUGUUUCAAAUAAUGCUUGGACAGGAAGAAAAAUUGACUGGGAAAGGAUGA